AUGUCCGUUCUUCUAGUUUUUGGGCUUUUUAUAGUUAUAGCUACGGCACACAACAUUACGUUUCUUGAAGUACCUCAAUAUGGAGAUCCCCGGUGGAGCGCUGACCUCGUAUGUCACUAUGUUAAUGAGAAAGGGGAUCCGCCGUUGCACUCCGUUAAAUGGUAUCGAGACAACAAUGAGAUUUUUCGCUACACGCCGGAGCAGCAACCUCCAACCAGGACAUUUAAUACGUCGGCUGGAGGUGUGUCCAGAGGCGCUUGCAACUCGCACAGCUGUUCAAUCAGUGUCAUUCUACCAAAAAGAUACAACACUCGGAUAUCUUUUACGUGUGAAGUAUCUACUGAGGGACCACGGUUUGCCGUGGUCAAUCAAACGAAAUAUUUAACCGUGGCCGUAACCUUAAAGGAGGAUCCGGUUAUAACUGGAGCAUUAGGAAGUGUGCAGUUUGGGGAAGAUGUACUACUUAAUUGUUCUGCUUCGCCCGCUAUGCCCCCCGCUAAUAUAGUGUGGUAUGUUGAUGGAAAAACAGAAAAGAGCGAACCGUGGAUGAUCGACAACACAGAAACUUCAGGUUCCGACGAGUAUGGGCUUCAAUCGAGUUGGAGGCCGAUGAGAUUGCGGGUAAACAUUCCGGAAGGAGAAAUUGCAAUAAGAUGCGAAGCAGUACAGCCUACAAGGCCCCCUUACGUUAGAUCCACAAAUUUCAGCCUGGUAGUAGCACGUUCGCCCCAUCUAUCGAUGUUCACCGCUUUAGGUUCCAGUUCAUCAGGGGUGGAAGCGGCAAUUCUUAUGAUUAUUUUGAGUACUAUAAUAUGUACAUUUUCGAAAUACAGUGCCUUGUAUAAAGUC